ACACACACACACACACACACACACACACACACAGUAUUUGUUUGGACUGAUAUGCAGAAGGAGAGAGGGAGACAGUGAAAGGGGGAGGGAAAGCAAUACCCAACCAAAAGAGUAGAAACAGACAGAAUACUGAGCGAGCCUCCGAGUGUGUUCAAAGACAGAGAAGGAGUCAGAUAGGUAUGUGAGUCCUCAGGUAGGUGGACAGCAAAAAAGAAAAAAUUCAAAGUGAGCGAUAGGUUGACACAGAGAAGCCAAAGUGUAUAGGAUCAUGUCUCUGAAUGGGAGGGUGGCUCUGGUGACCGGGGGAGCUCAGGGCAUCGGGAGAGCCGUAGUCCAGUCCCUCCUACAGAGCUCAGCUAAGGUGGCUGUUGUUGACCUGAACAAGACCUGUGGUGACGAGUGCAAGAAACAACUGGACACGGAAUUUGGAGCUGACAGCAGCACUUUUAUUCAGUGUGAUGUUUCCAAUGGUGACUUACUGAGAGAUGCCUUCCAGAGCACCGUCGACCAGUUUGGUCGUCUAGACAUUGUCAUCAACAAUGCUGGAAUCAACAAUGAAAAGAACUGGGAGAAGACCAUUCAAGUGAACUUGACUUCUGUCAUAAAUGGGACUUACCUGGCUCUAGAACAUAUGAGUAAGGAGCAUGGCAAGGAAGGAGGCACAAUCAUCAAUGUUUCUUCUAUGGCAGCCUUCCUGCACUCUCCUCACCAGCCUGUCUACACAGCCACAAAACAUGGAGUCAUUGGUUUUACCAGGGUUAUGGCCGAUGCAUCUUCGCAGAGCGACUACGGCGUGCGUAUCAAUGUGCUGUGUCCUGCCUUUGUCGACACUCCUCUGCUCCACUCAGUAGAACAGGAGGAUAACAUGGGGAAAUUUGUCAAAUUCAAGGAUGAUUUCAAGCGCAGCAUGAACAAGUUUGGAGUUUUACAGCCAUCAAUGAUCGCAGAAGGUAUGAUGAGAUUGAUUAACGACACCAGCCUAAACGGUGCAGUGAUGAAGAUUACAUGCUCCAAAGGAAUCCACUUCCACACUUAUGAACCCAUGUCUGCGUGACCAUUGCAUAAUGGUUUACCCCGUGCUGGAGAGCUGAAGAGAGCAGUGGUACAAAGCUGUAACCUGAAAGACUGGAACAUCACAGUCUGAUAUGUCAGGACAUGUGGUGGGAAUCCUAUCAGUAUAUAACCCACAAAUGUUUGGAUUCUAGUGCACAACGUGGCUUGAACAUUACCUAAAUAUGUCAAUACAAAUAAAGGAACUAAUUUCUAUGACAAAAUAAUAGAA